AAUGGAGGGGUGGGGGGGAAACACACUCCACCAUGAGUGGUGGCAAUCGUCUGUAGGAGGAGAGAAUAGUGAAUAAGUGAAUAUCUAGUACUAUCAAAAUUCAUAAGUCUUGUGAUUUCGUCCAGGUGUGCUAUAAGCCCAUUAACUUGUUGAUAUAGUAAAUGUACAUCUAGCUAUUUAGUAUACCUGUAUGCUAAAGAUGGCUACAUACAAUCCUCAAGCUACUUGUGGGAGUUCACCAGAGCACAAGACAAUUAGACAGUGCUAUGACAAGUUAGUACAACUUCUUCAACAAUCUGUUGCUAGCAUAGGAGAUACUUUAUACUCACAAGAGUUGAUUUCUAAAUAUCUGAAAAAUCAGAUACAUCAAAGCAGUUCAACGCCAAACAAAAAAACUAGGAAAGUUCUGGACGCUUUGGAGACCUCAAUUGAAAACAACCCUCGAGUCUAUCACAAAUUUGUCGCUGUCUUAAAGGAACAAGGAUCAUGGACUAAAUCAAUUGUUGAGAUACUAAACAAUUGCUUUGAAUCGCACAGCACGAUAACAACGACAAGACCUAGUGAGAGGAACACAAGUACUAAAGUGAAGAUGAGAAUUGGGCAAGAGAUUGAAGUAUCACAUGAGUGUGUACUGGAACUAUUGGAAGCUUUUGAGAAAACUACAAUCACCAUACAAUACAUGGAUCAGAACCAGUCCACAAGAACAAAAGUGGUAGAACCUCAACAAUCCAUCAGACACAACAACCCACCAGAGUCAAAACAACCCACCGUAACACGAAAAACACAAGUAACAUCCAGAAAAGAUCACCAAAAAGGAGUGAGCUAUAUAGGCGCCAUUUUUAGAUCUUUUGUAACACCAUCUGGGAUAAACGCUCGUGUUCUCCAGGCAUUCCAGAGACAAGAUCGUCAUCAUCCCUUCAAGAUGCUACUCAUCGGUGAAACAGGAUCUGGCAAGACUUCUUUCCUCAACCUUCUCUACAACUGUGCCACUGUACAAGCUCUUAGCUCUGGGUUUGGAGCUGAAGGUCUCGAGCAACUCAAACAAUUCAACGACAUCAAGCUUGAAAACGCACAAGCACUCCCUAUGGAAACUAGGACCAAUGACGCUACACUCUAUAAUGUGGAAGUAGGUGACCUGAAGGUUGGAGUGAUCAAUACUCCUGGAUUUGGUGACCUACGUGGCUUCAAGCAAGACAAAACGAAAGUACAACGAAUCAUCAGCACCCUCAAGAGAGAAGAGUACAUCAACUGUGUCUGCCUGGUCAUUCAUGGCCGUCAACCUCGAGCAAGUGCUUCAUUGAAGUAUGUCCUUUCUGAGAUAACUGCCAUCUUGCCGAGACGUAUCAUUGACAACCUCAUUGUUGUGUUCAGUAACACAGCCGACGCUCUGGACCUCAACUACGAUACAAAUGUGCUGAAAGAGUAUUUUGGAAAAGAAGUUGAAAAUACGUUUUUUGUUGAAAAUCCGUACUGUCGGCUUGAGAAAGCUAAAGCAAAAUUGGGUCAACUAGGAAUUGAGAAAGUUGCUAAAAGCUUAAAGAAAUCGUUUGAAGAAACCUCUGAAGUCCUUACUGAGAUGUGUAAGACCAUUGCAGAUUUCCCUGAAGUUCACACGCAUCACUUCAUCGAGCUCUACGAGAAGAAGAAAGCGAUUGAGAAAAACGUUCUAGACUCGCUGACAGCCUAUGACAACCAGAUGAUGUUGGAGAAGUCUCUCAAAGAUGCCAAGGCCGAAGUUGACGCAGCGGUGAAAUCUAAAACUCUCAACAAAGACUUCAAAACCAUUCAGACAUUCGUGAAAUGGGUUGUAAAAGAAACAGAUGACCACAAUACACUCUGUGGGUUCAAGGGUUGUCAUAGCAACUGCCAUGUGCCGUGUUACCUUCAGAAGUCAUUCGAUAAAGAAGUAUUCAAGCGUUGUGCAUGCAUUAUAAAUGGAGAUGAAGACGAGAUGUGCAAUGCGUGUACCCACAGCUACACCUAUCACUAUCACAAUGAUUUUAUACACGAAAAAGUUGUAGAGGAUCUUAUUUCCGAUGAUGAAAAAUUUGAAAAAGCAGAAAGUGAUGAGGAGCGAGCUACAAUGCUGUAUAGCAAUUUUGAAAGGAAAUUGAAUAAAUCAAAAGCAAAAAGAAAGAAACUGUCUGAAAAGCUCUCUAGCAAUAUCUUAGAAUUUGAGUCAUUAGGUGUAGCUCGCAACUAUGCCAAGCUGAUUGAAAAUCAACUAGCUGUGAUCGAGACACAUCUUGAAGGCACUGUUGUCCCUGAUACCGAUGAUCUCUGCAAGAUCAAAAAUGAUUUGGAGAAGAGGCUCAAAGUUAUUCAAGCUGCCAAGUCUGGAAGUAUAAGACUAACUCUCUGAACCUGUAAUACUAGUUUACAAUUAAUGUAGUAUAGAACUUGGUUC